AUGCUCAUUACAAAAUACUUUCCAAUUCGUUUCUAUUUAAGUAAUGCCCGCAAGAUAGUUUGUACUGAGAUGGAGAUGGUCAGCAGGCGGAAGUUUGAACUCGUACAUGUUAAACAUGCCUGCCAUGAGAACGACAAUGUGUUAGGGUCUUUUGUAGCAUUAUUGGUCAAGAACAAGCACUUAUGCUCUAUUGAUUAUAAUAUAUACGAAAUUGGAACUAGCUUGCUGCUAGUAAUAUGUCUCUGUGAGAUUCGAACUCACGCUCUUCCAAUUAAGGUUGGAAAAACACCUGUCAAGCCAACUAAAAAGUUAACUAUAGACUGA